AUGCCGAUGCUUCUUGCGGUUCUGACCGCACUGCCUUGGGCGACAUUCAGCUUCGAGACAUGGCACCUUGUUGAUGUUGCACAGGUGGUUUGCCCCACGCCAACAAGCAGCAACCCAGAUGCUCCAGCUUUCCCAGAGUACAACCUCGGCAUCAACUAUACCAGCGCCAUGGAUGUCAGUGCCCCGCACAUCGUCACCUUCAUCCGGUCGAGCCAGCAGGCUGUCACAAUCGCUUUCAAGAUUGAGGACAGCACCGGGGCGGUCGUCGUGCCGGAGACGACAGUGAGCUUGCAAGCCCUGAGCGGCACUGUUCCCGACUCAUGCAGCUGUACGAGUCCAACCAUCCCGCCUGAAGUUCAAGGCACCUACGGGCAGAACUAUGGAAGGCAAUGCCAAGCAUGGGAUAAUGCGAAAUGUGACGAGUGGUGGGGCAAUGUGUCUGUCGGUGGUUGGUGCUGCCGCCCAUGGUGCUAUGCCAGCGUAGACUGUCCUGAUGCCUACUCCAGCUCGUUAUUGCCGGGCCAGUUCUUCAGCUAUGCUGCGUGCAACUCGUGGGACCCAGUUACUCCAUGCACAUGGGAGGAAGUGCGGGAGCAAAAUGAUCCUUGCAAGUGCAGGAAUGCCGGCUCUCUGUUCAGCGACGAUAUGAAAGCCAAGUUUGAGCCCAUUUACGGCUCGACGUGUGGGAGCUGGGAUGUCCAGAACUGUGCUGAGAACUACCGUCCGGAUCAGGUGGACACCUGGUGCUGUGCGAGUUGGUGCUAUGUGGACAAGGAGUGCCCAAGUGCCAUUCAAUCCCUGAACGCCGGGAUGGAAGGCAUCUUGUUUUGGUCCGAAAACGUGUGUGAGGACGAUGCUGCCCUUGUUGCACAGUGCCCGUACAAGCCGCAGCCAAACGUUUCUGCGGAUGACACACGCUGCGAUUGCCUGAACAUUUCCAUGCCUGCCAGCAUCAUUGAAGGUUUGGGGUUGAAUGUGAGCGACUAUGCAGACUACGGCCAGCAAUGUGGUCCACAUGAUGCUUGGAACUGCGAGGUCUUGUACCCGAAUGCCCAACAUGACAUGUGGUGUUGCACGUCUUGGUGCUGGGUAGACCCAACUUGUCCGACGAGCCGUGCAUCAACAGUCUGGGCCGGCCGGUUCUGGAGCUCAGAGAGGUGUGACCUCGUCCCAGACGUCAUCUCCGGCUGCAAGUACAACUUAGAUGCUUGCGCGUGUCGAGGUCAAUUACCCAGUGGGUCGCUUCCGGACAGCUUCGCUGCUGAUUAUGGUAGCUCAUGCAGCGAUUGGGACAAGACCAAUUGCUACCAAGUGUGGGGUUCUGAUCCAGAUUCCGGCUGGAACACUUCGAGCGAUCAUGAAUGGUGCUGCGAUUCUUGGUGCUACGUGAAUUUGGAGUGCCCUAUUGCAAAAAAGUCGUGGCUAGGUAUCGGCUACUAUUUCAGCUAUGAGACUUGUGACGACCCUCCCGCCACAUACAACGAGUCCACAGACACUUGUGAUGCAACCCGUCGGCUGGGAGAGUCCCAAGCAGGCCGGCAGCUUUCCGGUCGUCGCCGUGGAGGCUCCUUCUCCAGCUCGAGGCGCUCCUUCUUCUCCUCGAGCCCCCGGCGCCGCUCCCCAUCCGCUACCGCCACCUCCCCACGCCGCCGGUCAAGCUCUGCACCGAGCUUCUGGAGCCCAAGGAGACGAGCUCCCAUUUCGCCCCGCCGUCGCGACGUGCGCCGUCGUGCGCCCCCGCCCCCGGUCCCAACGCCUUUGAACAGCCGGCGCCGCACCACCAGCAUGGACGGAAACGUCUACACUGCAGGAUCAGGGGUGCCCUACGGCUACAACAGCCGUCCCAUGCUCAUGAACAACUACGGGGGCACCAUGCCCUAUCAAACUCCCUACGGCUAUUCAGGCUACAACGCGUACCCUCCUAACAACAACGCCAAUGUUGCCAUGUAUGCAGCAGGGGGCUUUGUGGUCGGUGCUGGGGCAAUGUACGCUUACAACAGCAUGUACGGUGAUGCCUACAGCUAUGACAGCUUCAGCCGCCGUCGCUUUUCCGACUUCCGCAACCCGGACUACUGCAUUGUCAACGCGCAGGGCAGUCGGUACGGGGAUUUCAUGGAAUGCCAGCAGUGCUUCCACCUGUACGGCCCCAGCUAUUGCCCGUCCGCUCGCUCAUGCAGGACAGCAGCCGGCUGCAGGUACACCACGCGAGAAAGUUUCAACAGGGAUGACUUGGCAGCGACAGGCUUCAUUCCGAACCAGUUCGUCCCACCCCUGAAGGUGACCUUCACGCAGAUCACCGGCGAUGGCAUCGAUCCGGACCCGAUUACUGGCAUCUGCCCCCCGACCACGAGGCAGGCACCACCGCGCAAUCUUUGGCGAUGGUUGAGUGCAGUGGCAGUUGUGGCUGUUGGCUCUUUGCACGUCCUGCCGUGGCUGCCUUUUAUCGAGUGGUACAACUUUCUGCCCGUGCAGAGCAGAGAUUGGCUACAGGUGGUGGACUCCGUUGCAUGUUUCGGAAGCACUUGUAUAGCCUCUGUGUGCGUGUCCCUGCGGCAUCCUCCAUCAACCUACGUCCGGCAUGCCGUUUGGGCAAUCUGCGGCAUCUGGAUGAUCGUCGUGAGCCUGACAGCAGUCAGCAUGGUUCCUUCGGACUACCAGACCAUACUGCAACACCUGGCAUGGCACCUUGAGGGAACCGUUUUCAAGUGGACAGCCUGGUUGAUGGUGGGUCGAAUUGUUGCGCUGGACAGGCGUUCGUCCCUGGGCAUUGCACAUCCGAAUAGACUGGUAAACAUGGCGACCAUCUGCUUCCACGCGAGAGUCGUCACAGAGACGUUUUUCGAUUCUACGCCGAUGUCCUUCCUGAUGCAGCUGGUUUUUGCUGUGGCCUUUGUGACUAUCUGGAUGGCCAUCUGCUUGCGAACAAUGGCAUGCUUAGCCAAGAGCUUGAGGGUCGUGCAGAAGGAAGCUCGGAAGGUGACCGGUGCGCCGCAGGCCGAAGCGCAAUGGGCCAACAAGGUCCUGAAGUUCGAGUUGGCCGCAUGCACGUGCCUUACCUUCACCUGCACGACGCUCUGGUGGAUACCCCACCAAGUUCUCCUUUGGGGCGCUGGACAACAGACAGCAGACAGCGUACUCCUCGUCCCCAUGAUCGUCGCACACAGACUCAACAUGCUGGUCAAGGCUGCUUCGGCAGCUACUCUCAGCGGAUUGCUUUGGCAUGUUCAGGCUCCACAGACGGCGCCGACGAGCAAUCUGCACAUCCAGAUACACGGUCCGCAGCAAGGAGAUGCAGAAAUCUGGUCGCAGAAGGUAGACGAGCUCGCCCACCGUGCCAUCAGCCUGGAAUCUCUGCUUCGAUUCUGGGGGGAGCUUCCGAAGGUAAUGCCUUCGUUCGACCCUGCGCGUUCCACGACGAACGAUGUUGUUCACAUGGCCAUCAUUCCUCUCUCGCGAUCCGAAGGUGGUAGCGGCGGCCAAUCACUGGCCUCGGUCUGGUCUGGCGGGCAAAGACUUCGCGCGAAGUGCAUGGUCACCCACAAUUGGUCCAACCUCUUCCUGCACCUCGUAGCAGGAAUCCUUGCAGAUGCGCUGGGCGAGUCGUAUUACGAUGCAGUGGCUGCAAAGCUUCUGUCUCCCCCCGGAGUUGAGGAGCUUGCAGCACUGCUCCAGCAAGCCCCGAAGACUGCGUACUGGGUGUGCGCUUUUUCCAUUAACCAGCACGCAUGCAUCUGUCACGGCUUCAGCCAGUCAUCCUCAGAGACAGCUCAGCAGAGGUGGCACGGGAAGGAUUCUGCCAGUGGCGUGCCCUAUCCGGUAUGCGAUUGUCGAGAGCCCAAGAUAUUCAACGAUCAGCCCGCCCUGUGUGAGAUGAACAAGUUCAAUGCCAUGAUGAGACACUUGGCUUCACUAGAGAAGCACUUCUCCCACCUCGUCAUCGCCGACUCUCACUUCAAG